CUCAGGGGCUCCCCACUCACACUCAAGGAGGGACAUUGGGGCAGCUCAGUAAGCCGGCCGGAGGACACGGUACUGGGGGGACCAUGGCCCGAAUCCCAACUCUUGGCCUCCUAUUACUGUUACACCUGGUGACUUCCCAAGGGCAGAGAGCUGGCCCACGCGGACCCCCAGGACCACCAGGACCCCCAGGAAUAAAUGGAAAGGAUGGAAUAGAUGGCGAACAAGGACCAGCUGGAUUACCUGGCCCCCUGGGUCCCAAAGGAAUCCCUGGAAAACCCGGAGAAGCAGGAAAGGCAGGCUUGGCGGGACUGCCGGGCAUUGAUGGACUGACCGGACCAGAUGGGAAAGCUGGACCAGAUGGACCACCAGGAGAACGGGGAGACGUUGGCCCCUCAGGACCAGACGGAGCCCCAGGACGAGGACCACAGGGAACCCCUGGCCUUGCCGGACCGAGUGGAUUAACGGGCGGAGUUGGACCCCAAGGAACAGCGGGACCUGCUGGCCAACCUGGACUUCCUGGGCCACCAGGCCCCCCAGGCCCCCCAGGCCUCCCGGGAGUUGCUCCUGAUGGGAAUGGAGACCUGCAGUGCCCAGCUGUUUGUCCCCCUGGGCCGGCCGGACCCCCUGGGAUGCCAGGAUUCAAGGGCCACACCGGGCACAAAGGGGAAAGGGGGGAGACUGGAAAGAAUGGACAGAAGGGAGACCCCGGCCCCCCCGGACCCUCUGGGAUCCCUGGCAGUGUGGGCUUACAGGGCCCAAGAGGUCUAAGGGGAUUAACUGGGCCCCAAGGAGCUGCAGGAGACAGGGGCCCCACUGGAGUCCGUGGCCCUCCAGGACCUCCUGGACCCCCUGGUAAAGCUGGGGAUCAAGGAGAAAAAGGGCACCCGGGAUACCGAGGACCCAAAGGAGACACGGGUAAAGCUGGCCCUAAAGGAAUGCCCGGCGGGCCUGGCCCCAUUGGGGAACCGGGCAUGCCAGGCCAGGACGGGCGCGACGGGAUCCCAGGACUGGAUGGUGAGAAGGGUGAUCCAGGCAGAGUGGGAGUUCCAGGAGAAAAGGGACCCAAUGGCCUCCCUGGCCUGAAUGGCAAAGCCGGAGCCAAAGGAGAGAAGGGCCAGUUGGGAAGCCCGGGAGAGCUGGGAGAAGCAGGACCCUCUGGAGAGCCAGGUAUCCCCGGUGAAGCUGGACCCCCAGGAGACAGAGGGGAAGCAGGACCCAGAGGAACUGCUGGCGGCGUUGGGCUGCAGGGACCAAUAGGAGGCCCCGGAGUCCGUGGAUUUCAGGGAAUUAAAGGCAGCAUUGGAGAUCCCGGCUUACCUGGCCCCACUGGAAUUCGAGGUGGAUUUGGAGAGCGGGGUCCCAUUGGAGCUGCAGGUCCCAAAGGCAACCAGGGCAUUGCUGGAUCCGAUGGACUCCCAGGGGAUAAGGGAGAGAUGGGACAUUUUGGCCCAGUCGGACAGAAAGGAGAGCCAGGUGUGCGGGGCGAGCUCGGACCUAAGGGCGUGGCCGGGCCCAAUGGUACUGCUGGUGUCCCCGGUAUCCCCGGCCCCCCAGGUGCAAUGGGUUUCCAAGGAGAGCAGGGAGUCCCUGGAAUUACCGGGAAGCCUGGCGUUCCUGGCAAACUGGCAAGCGAACAGCACAUCCGGGAGCUCUGCGGGGGCAUGAUAAGCGACCAAAUCGCACAGCUAGCUGCUAACCUCAGAAGGCCCUUGGCUCCAGGCUUGGUGGGACGUCCAGGUCCUGCUGGACCACCGGGACCCCAAGGAGCCCCAGGUCGGAUAGGACAUACUGGUUCUCGAGGCCCAUCUGGAUACAGGGGUCCAACUGGAGAGCUCGGCCAUCCUGGUCCAAGAGGGGACCAGGGUGUGAAAGGAGACAAGGGAUUGGUCGGACGAGGCGUUGAUGGACCAUUUGGAGACCAAGGACUUCAAGGGCCACAGGGGGGACCCGGCACGAGCAGAGAUGGGCGAGAUGGGGCCCACGGUGAGCCCGGAUUCCCUGGAGAACCCGGAAGAGCGGGAUCGAUAGGGGCACAGGGCACUCCCGGAAUAUGCGACACGUCAGCUUGCCAAGGUGCCAUGGCCGCCGGGAAAUCUAGCGCCAAGAAAUCCUAAGCGGUUCCACAUUGCAACCAAUAGGAGCUGAGUAUUUCCUGCAGCGCCCAGGUGCCCUCACAAUUACCCCGAGACAGACAAUUGUUUUACCACAGACAUUACGAGGGGAGACAGCGCCCCGCCGGCUGCGCCAACCAAUGGAAACAUCUGGUAGAAAUAUCCUAGAAUCGAGUUGUUUUUUUACUUUGUGUAUGUUUAACCCCCGACCUCCCCCAUGUGUUACCUCUGUGGGAAGAUCCCCCCCCGUUCCCUAUAGACUCACCCCGUACAGAUGCUUAUGUUUCCCUGCUGGAUUUGCCCCCGGUCUCAACACGAACACUGAGCCCCUCGCUAGAGGUAAGUGUAUAGAGAACUGCCCCUGGGCUAUACCUCUGCCCCCCCUACAGUUACAGAAAAGGAAAUAGAAGCAGCGAAUCUCUGUCACCCUGAGGGAUUUCCAGCCGUGAUCUUGUACACGGAACAUGCGUGUAAUAACACCCUGUCUCAGCACACGCCAUGCCGCCCCUCGGGGGGGCAAAUAAACAGCUGCACCCUUGUGAAUAUCCAGGAGUUACAUUUAGUAUUUAUUUUGGUGACUUGUAUGUACAAUAAAGCCUCCUGUGGCGCCACCUGUUGGAAUGAAUGAAUAAAGCCACUUCCAGUCCACACAA